AUGGAGGAAGACCACCUGGCCAUGGUGACUCCAGCAGACAAGGAGCUCAUUGCUCCAGCGGAGAAAGAAACCGUCGCGCAUGUGGAGAAACAAGCACUCGAAUCUUCAUACCGCUCCAGCGACGACAACAGCGCCGAGAAGGGCACUGUCGAGCAGGUCAGCCUGCAGAAUAAUAUUUCGGCAAGAAUCAAGAACCCGCUCGCCGACCUAAGCAAAUCUCAGGUGCUCCGUGACGUGGAAGUCUUCGCCAAUGAAUACCACGUCACCGAGAUUCUACCAGAACUGAAAAGGGGUGCUCUUGUCGCGCGCGAUCCAACUGAAUUCGAGUCCGUUCCGGACCUGACAGAGCCUGAGCUCACUGCGCUGCGCGAUGAAGUGCUUCACAAGUGGCGCCAGCCCAAAUCGCUCUAUUUUACCAUCAUUCUCUGCUCGAUCGGUGCUGCUGUACAAGGCUGGGAUCAAACAGGCUCCAACGGCGCCAACCUCUCCUUCCCCGACGCCUUUGGCAUCCCCGAAGAUGGGAGCGUGCGCAACCAGUGGCUGGUCGGCAUUGUCAAUGCCGCCCCGUAUAUUGCCAGUGCCGCAUUGGGCUGCUGGCUAUCUGACCCCUUCAACCGCCUGCUCGGUCGCCGUGGUGUGAUCUUCAUCUCUGCGAUUUUCUGUGUCCUGACUCCCAUUGGAUCCGCCUUCACCCAGAACUGGCCCCAGCUCUUUGUGACUCGCCUUCUGCUCGGUAUUGGCAUGGGUCUGAAAGCAUCCACCAUUCCUAUUUUCUGCGCUGAGAAUACCCCCGCUGUGAUUCGCGGUGGCCUGGUGAUGUGCUGGCAGCUGUGGACCGCUUUUGGCAUCUUCCUUGGAUUCAGCGCCAACUUGGCCGUGAAGGAUACUGGAAAACUGUCCUGGCGUCUGCAGCUUGGAUCGGCUUUUAUCCCUGCGGUGCCUCUGGUGUGUGGUGUCUACUUCUGCCCCGAGUCUCCUCGCUGGCAUAUCCGUCGCGGAGAGAUGGACAAGGCCUACCAAUCCCUCUGCCGUCUCCGCAACACCCCGUUGCAGGCUGCUCGGGAUCUCUACUAUAUCCAUGCCCAGAUCCAGAUUGAGCAAACCAUGGUCGGCGAGAGCAACUAUGCGACUCGCUUUAUUGAACUCUUUACUAUUCCCCGCGUUCGCCGCGCCACUCUGGCCUCGUUCACGGUGAUGAUUGCGCAGCAGAUGUGCGGAAUCAAUAUUGUGGCUUUCUAUUCCUCCACAGUCUUCUCUGCAGCCGGUGCUAAUGACACCGAGGCCCUGUUUGCCUCAUGGGGUUUCGGACUGGUGAACUUCCUCUUCGCCUUCCCCGCUAUUUGGACCAUCGACACCUACGGACGACGGGCCCUCCUGCUGUUCACCUUCCCCCAAAUGGCGUGGACAUUGCUUGCAGCAGCAUUCUGCUUCUAUGUUCCAGGAGAUGGUGGAGCUCACUUGGGAUCGAUCGCCCUGUUUAUCUUCCUGUUCGCCGCGUUCUACUCGCCCGGCGAGGGUCCUGUGCCCUUCACUUAUUCCGCCGAGGUGUUCCCUCUGUCCCAUCGCGAGGUCGGUAUGUCGUGGGCCGUCGCGACCUGCCUGGGGUGGGCCGCAGUGCUCUCCAUUACAUUCCCCCGCAUGCUCUAUGCAAUGACGCCCACCGGCGCUUUCGGGUUCUAUGCUGGCCUCAAUGUGACCGCCCUGGUCAUGAUUUUCCUCUGGGUCCCCGAGACCAAGCAGCGCACCCUGGAGGAACUAGACUACAUUUUUGCGGUCCCUACUCGCGUGCACAUGCACUACCAGGUCACGAAAGCACUGCCGUAUUGGUUCAGGCGUUACAUCUUCCGGAUGAACGUGCAGUUGGAGCCGCUGUACAAGUUUGACCAUGUCGCGACGAACGCCGAGGUCGAGGCUAAUCCCAAGUAG